AUGGUCCUCGAGGACGAGGACGCUGCUUUCGAACCUGUUGGUAUUGACGAUGAUACUGUCGCAGUGGUGAACGGGCAGACUUGGGCGGUGGUCGGCCGGUUCUUAACGACUAAACUUGUCAAGCUUGAGUACAUGCGCCAGGUACGUGAUGGUGCGUUGCCGGCAUCCGUCGCGUUGGACUCCUUGGACAUGUGGGUUCAAUUGCACGACUUGCCCAUGGGUUACACGACGGGGAUGGUGCUUGAGCAGAUUGGUAACCAUAUCGGUACUUUUGUUAAGCUCGACGAUCGGUAUGCAGGGGCUCCUUGGAAAACUUUUUACCGUGUUCGGGUCUCCCUCCCGGUGGACAAGCCGAUCAAGCGGCGAAUGAGGUUAAUGAAACGGGACAAGUCGACCUGUUGGGUUACAUUUAAAUACGAGAGGCUGCAUAACUUCUGCUUCUUUUGUGGUCUUUUAGGGCAUUCGCAUAAAUUUUGUCUCAAGGCUAGGGAAGCAGCGAUUCCGGUCGAGCUCUAUCCGUAUGAUGCUACGCUAUGGGCGGGAGGCAGCAGUGGGCCGCGUCCAGUCGGUGAGCGUUGGCUGGUGCCGGCGAAGGGUCCGAAUCCUUUGGACAGUAUGCCGGAGGUAGAACCGGUUGUGAAUCAUGUUCGUGCGCAACAGGCGGAACCGGCUGUGGUUGAGGUCUCGAAGCGGCGACGUGAGGGCUCUAAUGGCAGCAGUAGGAGAAGUGGUGGUGCGGGUGGUGAUGUGACCAUGAUCGAUGUCCCAAAAAACUUGCAGUAG